AUGGCUGGCCUGUUCCCCGAUGCGAUGACCACAAUGCGCGCGGCCGACUCGUUAUCCGCCACAAGGCUAAGGCCUGGCACCAGCCUUUGCUCUAGAGUCGGGACUCCUAAAGGCAGAAGGCAACGGGUCAUCCUGUGCUGCCAUAAUCACGCCAAUCCUCCUCCAUCGAGGCGGGAUACGCUACUUGCUGGUGUUCUGGCUCCAUGCUCUUGCGCAGUAUGCAGACCGCGUUCGCGAUGGUAUGACGAUAUUUUCGCAUCCCUCUAUUCCCAUUCCAUGGACUCGUAUGAAGAGACCCUGGCACCCAGGAAACAAAAGCUGUUUGCCAAUCUCCAGGGGGCGAAGGAUGGGGCCACGGUCCUGGAAGUUGGUGUGGGACCUGGACCCAACCUAAAGUACUACAGUUCCAAGGACCACAAGGCCAAGGUCACGGGAUUGGACCCCAACAAUGGAAUGGGCCCAUACGCCAGGGCUACGGCGGAAUCUUUGGGCCUAAGUGACUUCCAAUUUGUGGAUGGCUACGCGGAGGAGAUGCCAUUCGAGGACGGUGCAUUCGACGCUGCUGUUGGAACGCUGGUGAUGUGCAGCGUGGAGGACCCUGAGGCGGCACUCAGCGAGGUGCGGCGGGUCCUGAGGCCGGGCGGCCGCUACUACUUCCUAGAGCACGUCGUUGGGCCCCCUGGGUCCCUCCUUCGAGCAGGUCAGUACGUCCUCAGCCCGCUGCAGCAGGCGCUGGCGGACGGCUGCCACCUCACGCGGGACACCCUCGCGAGCAUCCGCGCGGCGGGGUUCAAGGACGUGGACGCCGAGCGCUUCGACGUCGAGGGGCUGAGCCUACUGGCGCCGCACAUUGCCGGCGUGGCGACCGUGUGA